GUAAUAAUCCCUCGAGUCACUCCCGGAUUUGACCAGAUCUGAGAUCUUCAAGGCGUCAUCUUACCCAAUUUACAAGUUUUUUCCCUCCUUUGCUGUUCUAGUCAAUCGCAAGCAGGAUGUCCGCCUCGUCUUUCCUGUGGAGUGUAGGAUCGAUUGCGCUUUCAUCCUUGAUCACACCCACAAUAGCGAACGGCUCUGGUAGCCGUUACCAACUGAUUGAAGCCUGGCAGGGGCAGAAGUUUCUUGACCACUUCAAGUUUUUCACUGGCGCUGACCCAACCAAUGGAUUCGUCACCUAUGCCAAUCAGAGCUACGCAGAGAGCUCUGGUCUCAUCCAGGUGACUGAGAGCGGGAGCUUUUAUAUGGGCGUUGACUACAAGACCACACUCAGCGCGAACGGCCCUGGCCGAGACUCGGUCCGUAUCGAAAGUAAGGAGUAUUAUGAUGAGGGUUUGUACAUUAUCGAUCUCGAGCAUAUGCCGGGUAGCGUCUGCGGUACGUGGCCGGCGUUCUGGUCCGUUGGUCCCGACUGGCCCCAUGAUGGCGAGAUUGAUAUCAUCGAGGGGGUAAACAAGCAUGAAGCCAAUGAGAUUGUGUUGCACACGAGCGGCUCCUGCGCCCUGUCAAGCGAUAAUGAGAUGUCCGGUACCAUGACAUCGAACGAGUGCGGUGAAGCCUCUGGUACCAUCGGGUGUGUAGUUAAGGGCAAGAGUGGUAGUUCGGGCGCCCCUUUUAAUAAACAGGGUGGUGGUGUCUACGCCAUGGAGUGGACCGCGGAGUUCAUCAAGAUCUGGUAUUUCGCGCGCGGUGACAUCCCUAAGUCAAUCACCGAUGGUAACCCGGACACGACUGCCUUCGGCACCCCCAUGGCUCACCUGCAGGGAACGUGCAACUUCCACGACCGCUUUAAGUCGCAAAAGUUCAUCAUUGACACCACAUUCUGUGGCGACUGGGCCGGUGGUGUGUUCGGGGACUCUGGAUGCCCGGUCAGUGACGCUAGCAACCCUAUCAAGAGCUGUGUUCAGUACGUGGCCGAGAACCCUGCCGCUUUCAAGGAAGCCUACUGGGAGAUCAACUACAUCAAAUUAUUCAAGACCGGCACUGGCCAUGCAACCGCCUCUGCAGCCCCGCAAGCCCAGACCGCUACAGCUGCUGUGUCUGAGACAGUGGCCCCUGCUCCUUCCGUUACCUCCACGACCCUGCCCGAGACAAACGCUCCCGUGUCCGAGACGGCGUCCGUUGCGGCCCCAACCAACGUCCCGGAGACCGCCAAUCCCCAGCCCAGCGCUGCCGAUGCCGUUACCACAGCUACUCCAGCGGCCCCAGCCAGCCCUUCGUCGGAUGACAGCGAGGAAGGCUCUGAUGUUUCGGAAACCACCAUCUAUGUGACCGAGACCACUACCAUCUGCGAUACCACCCGUGGAGGUUCCAUCCAGACCCUUGGCGGUGGACAGACCGCCGUCUCGCCAACGAGCUCCUCCUCGGUGGACUCUGGUCUUACCCCCAUUGCACCCACACCAACGGUCCAGGAACCUGUUGAAUCACAGGCCAUUGAAACCACAGUGAACGACGGCAACCCCAUUCCCACUGAUGUGUCCCCUGAGAAUUCCGCCGCCGAAACUUCCGAAUCCAGCACACCAACCCCUAGCGUCGAGGAACCUGAACAGCCUCAGCCCGCUGCAACCACUGUCGAAGCUGGCACUGUUACCCCAGCUGCCUCGACCCCAGCCCCUGCAGAGCAGGAAACCCCAGAGGGAGUCAGCCCAGUUGGAACGACCAAAUCGCCUCAGAUCCCCGGCGAGCCAGCAGCGCCGACCGCCACCCCCGUUCCUCCGGCGAGCGUAGUUCCUCUCCGCAGCCCUAGCCCCUCCUCGUCCCAGCACAUCCGCUCCUCAAGCCGUGUUGCAUCUUCUUCCAGCUUUACAUCUACCACAACAUCAGCGACCCAGACCACUGCCCAGGACUCUUCCGCUCCCACUAAGAGCAACUCGGGCUCGAACCCCGAUAGCCCGGUCUUCACUGCUGGCGCAAGCAAGUCCGUCAGUAUUUCUGGCCUGACGGGUAUCAUGGGUGGUCUGGUCAUGGCCAUGUUGGUCUAG